CAUGAAAGAUAUCGAAAUGGGAGUCAAUGUUUGAGCUAGUCAGCUCUCAGCAAUAGUGAUUGUCGGCCAGCUACCACUAGAAUGAGGUCAUCGAGUCAACGACGACCUGUCACUUGACAGAGUCAAGCAAGCAAAGAUGAUGAUGAUGAAAAACCACCAAACAAGCAAGCAAAGCAAAGACGAGACGACACACACAUCAUCACCCACAAUAGAAUCAAUCUUGAUUCCUCGCAGAAACCAAAUGAUGAUAAUGGAAAACCACCAAGCGAUAGUCCUUGGCUUUGGUACUCUUGGAGUAGUGCUCCUGCUCUCCCUCGUCUCUCCGGCCACCUCCUGCACUCCGCUGGAGGAGGCCUCCCUCCUCCAGUUCCUCAACGAGCUCUCGCCAGCAGGCCCAAGUCACACGCUCCUCAGCGAGACAUGGCGGAACAGCACCGCCAGCUGCUGCGCGUGGGAAGGGGUCACCUGCGACGGAAACGGCACGGUGACCGAGCUCCUGCUGCCGUCCAGGGGGCUCGAGGGUAACAUCUCGGCGUCCCUCGGCAACCUCACCGGCCUGCGGCGCCUCGACCUGUCGCGCAACUCGCUCUCCGGCGGCCUCCCGCCGGAGCUGAUGUCGUCGGCAAGCGUCCUCGUCCUCGAUGUCAGCUUCAACCGCCUCAGCGGCGAGCUGCAGGAGUACUCGCCGUCGUCGCUUGAGUACCAUCCUCUGCAGGUACUCAACGUCUCCAGCAACUUCUUCUUCGGUGAUUUCCCAUCCACGGCGUGGGGCAAAAAGCCCGAUCUGGUUGAGAUCAACGCGAGCCAUAACAGUUUUCACGACGGCGUGCCGUACUCUUUCUGCUUCGGCUCGCCGUCGUCCUUCGCCGUGCUAGAUCUUUCCUACAACCUGUUCACGGGCGGCAUCCCCAGCGGUAUAGGCGAAUGCUCUGCACUCCGAGUGCUCAAGGUUGGCCACAACGACAUCGGCGGCGAAAUCCCUGACGAGCUGUUCAAUGCUACCUCGUUGGAGCAGCUGUCUUUUCCCCAAAGUGGCCUGACAGGAGAGCUUCGCGGUGAACUUGUGGCCAAACUUGGCGCUCUGCAAAUCCUUGAUCUUCAAGGCAACAACUUGGUCGGUGAAAUUCCAGACUCCAUAGGUGAGCUCCAUAGAUUGAAGGAGUUGCAUUUGGGACGCAACACCAUGAGAGGAGAGCUUUCCAAGGUCAACUUCUCAGGCCUGCCAAGUCUGGAAAUUCUGGAUCUUACGUCCAACAGUUUCACUGGAGAAAUUCCGGAAAGCGUCUACUCUUGCAGCAAGUUAACGACGCUACAGCUCUCUUCCAAUAGAUUCCAUGGUCAGAUAUCACGAAGUCUUGCCAAUCUCAUAUCCCUAUCAUUCCUAUCACUUGCCAACAAUGCUUUCAAGAACAUCACAAAUGUACUUUAUGCACUCGGAAACUCCAAGAACAUCACCACUUUGCUCCUGCAAUUCAACUUCAGGGGUGAGACUCUGCCUGAUGAUGUAACGAUCACUGACGGUUUUCAGAGCCUUCGGGUUCUUUCCCUAGGAUCUUGCUUGUUGUCUGGAAACAUUCCUCUUUGGCUAUCAAAACUAACUAGAUUGGAGAUCUUGGAUCUUGCCAACAAUCGACUCACUGGACCAAUACCAGUCUGGAUCGACAGCCUAAGCUUCCUGUACCAUCUAGAUCUGUCAAAUAACAGGCUUACGGAGGAUAUCCCAACGGCCGUAAUGGAGCUGCCAAUGCUGCAAUCUCAGAAUGUUGCAGUCCUUUCAGCUCCAAUAUCUGUACUAUUUCCUGACCAAGAGACAGACGGUGUUUUCCCUGCAGUGUUAAAUCUCUCUAAUAAUCACCUCACAGGCACAAUCCCUUCAGAGAUUGGUCAGCUCAAGUCACUCGUAGUGCUUAAUCUGAGCUUCAAUAGCUUGUCAGGAAGCAACCCACAGGAACUUUGCAACCUGACAAACCUGCAGGUGGUAGAUCUGUCUCACAACCAUCUCACAUGUUCGAUCCCGUCGGCGCUCAACAACCUGCACAUGCUUUCAACAUUCGAUGUUUCUUACAACGACUUGGAGGGAGAAAUUCCAACUCUCUUUCAUACAACUGUAAUUGUAUAUGGGAACCAGAAGUUGGGUGAUCCAUCGCUUGGUCAUGACUGUGCUUCCGCAGUCGUCUCUACUCUCUUGGCAGAACGAACUACUGGAAAGAUCAUCUUUGCAAUUUCUUUUGGUGCGUUCUUCUUUGUCGGAGUGCUAUAUGAUCAGACAGUCUUGUCCAGAUAUUUGGCAGUGCAAACCCUGUUCUAGUUUCUGAUAAACUGGUCACUUGUCACUGUUGUUCAUAUUCAAAAUGCAUAUCUACUGAACAAGGUUUUGACCAAUUGCUAAGCAAAUUUUAGCUCCUGUACAGUUUUUUUUUUAAAAAAUCGAAAUAUAUGGCACUGAACGAGAUCUAUUU